AUGCCCACAACCACAUACAAAGUCGCGCCAGCGAGCCCCAUUCUGGCCAGCUCUUUACUAGGCAAUGAGCUUAGCGCAUCCUCAGAUCAGACGAGACCAGACGCAGUUUCUAAGCAAUCUAACGAAUGGGAUCUAAGGCUCGACAUCGAGAACGGUCUGUUUCCAACAUCUGCCUCAUCAAGUGAACAUCACAUCUUCCGCCCCGGGACAGUAAUUGGCUUCUCAAGACUACGAGGCAGAUCACCGGAAGGGAACGAGGACGAGUUUGUUGGAGAGGUAAGUAUCAUCACACUCAUACUUUACAAAACCAACUCUCAAGCACAAACAAGGACAAGGGCAUAUAUAAUCUACCCGCUGCACAAUGCCAUCUUUGCCCCCGCAAAACUCCUCUCAUCUCUUCUCUCUAGAUCAGAACCAACUCAGACAGAACCAACUCAGCAAGCCCCUCCAAUUUCCCGCAGCGAAGCAAUAAACCUCCUCGACUCUGUCCAGCUUUUUCCGGUCUUCGACUUUGCAGGCGCUGUAGAUGCUAUCAGUGAAGUUUCAGAGAGAUUGCACAAAAUAAGGGAUGACCGUCAGGAAAACGAAAACCGGAACGAGACUGAGAACCAGCAAACUGUGGUGGUGAUUACCGGUCUGGAUACCCUCACUGAAGCAGUUAUCCGCUCUUCGAAUGCUGUCCGCGGUACAGCGGUGUUGAUGAGUACACUACGAAAAAUCACGCAGUUAUCCCUUUUGCGCCGCGCUUAUACAUCUGUCUUGCUUGUGAAUACGAGUGGUGUUGGGCCAAGUCUGAGUGUGCACCAGCACUCGAAUCAAAUUCAGAGCCAGGCUCACAGGGAAAAUGAAACGCACCAUGCGCGCGAUGACGGAAGUAGCAUUCAGUCGAUGUUUUAUACAAAUGCUCCGCUUUUCCCUAGUCUUAUGAUGAAGACGUUAGACCAGGGGGUUGAUACGCAUCUCUUGGUGUCGAUUUCGGACUUGAGCAUGGAAAUGCAUGGGAGGAGCGUAGCCGUACCUGUGGUAGAGGUGAUAAAAGACCGAGUAGGAUGUGGGCUGGGGAGAUGGUGCGUUCGGAAUAAAAAGGGUGCUAAAUAG